AUGGAAAAAGGCGGCGGGGGCGGGGCGGUGAGCGGGGAGCGGAGGGGAGCAGAAAGGCGCGGGCUUGCACGCUCAGUCCUUAUCUUACAAACAGGGAAACAGGCCAAGCCGGCUCCUGCCGGCGGGUGCUUAGUGCCCCGAGAAGGCAGCAGGCAGCCCCCCACCCCAGACGCUGAAGCCCGCUCGGGUCCUGCGGGACAGUCCGCCCCUGGCGGCCGCCGGAGCCCCCAGAAGACGCCUGGCGUCCACGCUAAUCACGAGAAGUUGGCAAGAGCUGACCUAAUGAAACCCUCGAACCAGCCUCGUGAGCACGUCGGUGAACUCUUUCUCUGCGAAACUGCUGCGGAAACGGGGGCUGAGUCCAGGCGUCUCAAGCUAAGGAACUCCAUCAGCGUCUGUUACUUCGUCAGGAUGCUCUGCAGAGUGCUUGAGAACCUGAGUAUGUCCCCUGGAGAGCCAUCCGCUUUGUUGGGGUUCAGAGUUCAGAUGUUCAUGGGUGGUUAUCGAUACCUGUGGGCACUCGUGCAGAAAAAUGGGAAGACCAAGAUUGAAGAGUUGGAAGGCCUGUCUGCACGCAGUUGGGAGUCUUGUGAGACAUAA